CCAUCAACUGACGUCAAAAGAAAAUACCGAGCUAGAUGCAAAGAUUAAUUAGUAAUUUACCAAAAGCUGGUGCUAGUUACAAUACCUUCCGUGCAAUAUCGACGACAUCUGUACUCCAUAAAGCAGCUGGGAGACUACGAGAUGAAGAUAUAGUCAAGGCAUUUGACAAAAUCUCAGUAGUAGAUUCUGUAACGGGUAAACCUCAAUUAGGUGAAGAUAGCAGAGCAGUACUUCGUAGUAUAGAAAGGAGUAAAUAUAGAUUAGAAGUCGUUUCAGAGAGUGGCGAUAUCCCACUCGUCAAAAUAAUAGACAAGAGUGAAGAAUAUCGUAAAGCUAAAGAGAAAUCUAACAAAGAGAAGGAAGCGAAAGCUGCCAAGUCUGCUAAAUCUAAACUUGAGAAGGAAAUACAACUCACAUGGAUGACUAGUCCCCACGAUUUGACGCACAAACUCAAAAAAGCACAUGAGGUACUCUCACAAAAGGGAAAAGUUUCAGUUGUUUUCGCUAAUAGUUCAGCGCAUAAACGUAUACCGGAUGUAGAAAAGGAGCGCAUAAUGAACAAUGUUGAAUUGCAAUUAGGACUAGGUAUGAAUACAAACGUAGCAAGGUGGAAAGAAACAGAGAAAACUAAAAGAUUCUGGGGUUUUCAUUUGAAAGGUGUAUAAUCUGCUAUACAUUUAUUUAUGAUAUCUACGGCCAUUAGAUGUUUUCGUUUUUGAAAUCAAUUAGUACUCACAUAGCUUGAGCCAUUUUCGUAACGUCGAUUGUCUCCUUGACAUCAUGCACGCGUACUAUAUCAGCCCCACCGGAGAGUGCAGCCAUAGUUGUGGCUGCCGUGCCAGCAACACGAUCUUUAGCUGUACCCACAUCUGUGAUAGUUCCAAUAAAUUUCUUCCUAGAGUGUCCGAUCAGGAGUGGCAUAUUGGCUAGCUCGAGAUGGGCCUCCUGAGUGAGGAAACCGUUAGACUUGUUGUCUUGCAUCAAGGUUACGAAGUAUAUCCAAAUUUCCAUCAACGUCUUUCGCGAAUCCCAAACCAGGAUCAAUGAUUAUAUUCCAGCGUCUAAUUCCGCU